CAUUAGUAAGUGAAAAAUUUUAAUGAUUUAAUAAGAUUUAAUAAUUUGUUUUGAGUAUGGCAUUAAAAACUAGAAAAAGUUUAUCUUUGUGGGUAACAUGUGAAAAAUGCCAAUGUAUUAUAGCACAAAAAGAUACAACAAUUCAUGAACAAAGUUGCCCUCCUGAGGAACCAUGGAAUUAUGGAUUUAUUAAAAAUGGUAUUUUUUAUAGCACAAUAGAAGUUUAUAAAUCUUCAGAAUUUCCUAAAUAUAUAAGUACACGAGAAUCACACAAUAUAGUUUUUAUGUCUGAAUCAGUAUUACAAUUAUGUGGAUUUUCUAUUGGUGAUCCAGUCAUAAUUAGUAAUAAAGGUAUUGUUAUUGUAAAAUCAGCUUGGCCUAUGAAUGAUAAAAAUUUAACUACAAUUUUUUUAACAAAAAAUGCGAUUGAAUUAGACAAAUUAGAGGGUUUAGUAACAAUUGAGAAAAUGAAAUCAAGUCCUUAUAUUGCUCAAGAAGUACUUAUUGAGCCUGUUGGUAAGAGCCAUACAAUAAAUUUAACAACAGAAUUUAAUGUAUUAAUAAAAAAUUAUAAUCAUGAGAGAAUAUUCUGUAUUGGUAAUAAAAUAAUUAUACCAUAUUAUGGAAAAAAAUUUAUUUAUAAAAUUAUAGAUAUAAGAGCUGAUGAUAAAUUAUUAGAUAAAUUUUCAAUUAUGAAUAUAUCUAAAGAUCUUAGUAGUAAUACAAAUUUAUAUUUAAUUCUUUAUUCAACAAAAUGGACAGUUUUAGAAAAUAUUGAACAAAAGGAAAAAACAAAGAAACAAAAGCGACACAGAUUAGAAUGUAUAGGUGGUUACUUGAACUUAAUUGAAGAUUUGAAAGAUGCUUUUAAUAUCGGACUUGGAAAAUAUGGUAAUAUGGAAAAUUUUCAUAUUAGCAAAGGUAUCCUAUUGUAUGGACCACCUGGUGUAGGAAAAUCCAUGAUUUCUGAGGCAUUAUUAUCUGAAAUUAAUGCUCAUGUAGUCAAUAUCAAUGCAUCAGAUAUAUAUAGUAAAAAUUUUAGAGAAACAGAAUUAGUCUUAUAUAGCAUGUUUAAAGAAGCUUUUGAAAAAGCUCCAUCGAUUAUUUUUAUAGAAGAUAUUGAUACUUUGUGUCCAAGAAAAAGUAGUUCUAUGACAGAUCAUGAAAAAAGAGUUUUAGCAACAUUAGUAACACUUUUUGAUAGUUUACAAGAUAAGGAUAAUAAGGUUAUGGUUUUAGCUAUAACCUCCAGACCAGAUACCAUUGAUUCUUCUUUAAGACGACCUGGAAGAAUAGACAAAGAGUUUGAAAUUCUUCUGAAAAUAAUUGAAAAAAUGCCUCAUUCUCUUAAUAAUGUGGACAUAGAUCAAAUUUCUUAUGAAACACAUGGUUUUGUUGGUGCUGAUUUACAUGGUUUAUGUUCUGAAGCUGCAAUGAAUGCAAUUAAAAGCAGAUCGCAUUCUCAAACGAUUUGUAAUUCUGAUGAAAUGUUAGUAACAAGAGAUAAUUUUAAUCAUGCAUUAAGCAUUGUAAACCCAUCAGCGAUGAAAGAAGUUUUAAUAGAUGUUCCUAAUGUAAAUUGGUUUGAUAUUGGUGGUCAAAAAACAUUAAAAUUAAAACUUGUGCAAUCUGUUGAAUGGCCUUUAAAACAUCCUGAAGUCUUUACAAGACUUGGUAUUGUACCUCCUAAAGGAGUUUUAAUGUUUGGUCCACCAGGGUGUUCUAAAACAAUGAUUGCAAAAGCAUUAGCCACUGAAAGUAAAUUAAAUUUUCUCAAUAUUAAGGGUCCAGAACUGUUUUCUAAAUGGGUUGGUGAAUCAGAAAAAGCUGUGAGAGAACUAUUUAGGAAAGCACGACAAGUAGCACCAUCUAUCAUAUUUAUUGAUGAGCUUGAUGCUUUAGGUGUGGAAAGAAGCACUUCUUCAAAUAGUGCAGGUAGCAGUGUGCAAGAAAGAGUUUUAGCACAACUACUAACUGAACUAGAUGGAGUUACGGCUCUUGGAAAUGUAACAUUAGUAGCUGCAACAAAUCGGCCUGACAGAAUAGAUAAAGCACUGCUUCGACCAGGACGUUUUGACAGACUAAUUUAUGUUCCAUUACCAGAUUCUGAAAGUAGAUUAGAGAUUUUUAAUAUAAAAUUAGGCAAAAUGCCUAUAUGUAAAGAUGUAAAUUUAAAAGAUUUAGUUGAUUUAACAGAAGGCUACUCUGGGGCAGAAAUACAAGCAAUUUGCCAUGAAGCUGGUAUGAGGGCAUUAGAAGAAGAUAUUAAUGCAGCAGAAAUUACAAAAGAACAUUUUAAAAUAGCUUUGUCAAUUGUAGUUCCAAGAACUCAUCCAGAUGUAAUCAAAAUUUAUAGUGAUUAUAUACACAUUUAA